AUGAAAGAAGAGGAAAAACAGAGAGAGUACGAAGACUUCCUAAAUAUCUUAUAUACUGAACUUGAGAAAACAUUGGAAUAAAGACCAAAAAAUCCAGUGACGAAUUUCGCCAAGAAAAUCUUGUAUGCAGUAGGUCUUGAUGAGGAAGGUGAGGAAUUAAAGAUCAAAGAACCGACAACAAAAAAGAAGAAGAAGGAUAAAGAUAGUGGGGACGAGGCAAGUGAUGAUGAGAAAGAAAAGAAGAAAAAGAAAAAGAAGGAUAGGUCUAAGUCCAAAGAUAAAAAAAAGAAGGACAAGAAAAAGAAAGAUGAUAAGAAUGAUGAUGAAGGCAGUGAUAAAGAGAAAAAGAAGAAGGAUAAGAAGAAAAAGGAUAAAGAUGAUAAAGAAGAGAAAAAUGAAGAUGAAAAAAAGAAGAAAAAAAAGAAGAAGGAUAAGGGAUCUGACGAUGAAGGUGAUGAUAAAAAGAAAAAAAAGAAGAAGGAAAAGGGAUCUGACGAUGAGGGUGAUGAUAAAAAGAAAAAAAAGAAGGAAAAGGAUAAGAAAGAUAAAAAGAAGAAAGAUGAUGAUGAAUCAGGUGAUGAAAAGAAAGAUAAGAAAAAGAAAGAUAAAAAGAAAGACAAGGAAUCAGGUGACGAAAAGAAAGAAAAAAAGGAUAAAAAAGAGAAGAAGGAUAAAGAUGAUCAUAAGGAAAAAGAUAAAAAGGAUAAGAAAAAGAAAAAAGAAAAAGCAAGUGAUGAUGAGGAAUGA